UCAGAGUGACGAUUUAUUUAAGGCAACCGCUAAAGGUUUGCUAGCCAUGUAAGCUAACUAUAGCAACAAGCUUAAUAAAUAAUUAGCCACCGAUGCUGCUAACUGUUGAUAUACAGGAUCCUUUUCCUUAAAACGAGAUUAUCUACUGACAUGGGCUUUUUUCAAAUAUUCUGACUUUUAAGUUGUUUCGGUUCCCUACAGUAAAUUCAACAUACUUCUGAGUUACUAUGGAAACUUAUGCAAGGAAACUAACCAUGUCCAGAGCAGGCUAACUGUCAGGCCGUUGUGUUUCAAGCAGACUUGCUUUAGCCUUGACUCUCUGGCGUGUUACCAUAUUACCUACCCUUAUUAACCAGUAUCAGCCUAGAAAAUGAAAGUUUAUGUAGAAUUACCUUUAUUAAAUAAUGAUCUAAAUACAUUACACAAUGAUUAUUGCUAAGAUGCAGGCCUUAAUACAUGUUUAAUGUAGUAAGUUAUGUGUAAUAAAAUGUUUAUGUCGCAUUCUAAAUUACCCCAAUAGAAUGAUAAUAGCAACAUGAAUAAUUAACAGCACAGCGGCAUAAACAAAUUCUCUGUAAAUAGGCAAUAUUAUCCAGAGAUGUGUUAAAUCAUAUUUAAAUCCAGAUGCCCCCUCCUCUUUUUUCCUGAUAGAAAAUAGUUUUUACAAUGUAUUGCGUAUUACAUUAACAACAAUCUAAGCCAAUUGAACUUAGAUGUGGUGAGUUGAUGUACUUUUGAUUCAUUAGAUAUUUUAAUACCCUACAGUUAUUCGGUUUUUAACAGACUCUUUGAAUGUAUCAUGGCCAAGGAUCAGUCAGGAUGCAAACUACACCAUGAUCUUUGGGGUGGUGAUGGAUGAAUCUCCUUAAUGAUUGACAUGAAUGAUACAAAAAUAGCAGCCUAAUUUUAUGUAUGAUCCAUGAUAAUGAAGAAAUUGGAGUUGCAUGGAAAAUAGCGUACUUUCUCUCUGGUUUUGAUUGCAGAAGCUGUGUGUUUGAUGACUAAAUAUUAGAUUAUUUUCAUGUCUUUCUAAUUAUGAGCACUGCUCAGUGGCUGUGAACACUCACACUCUGUGCUUGACCUCUUGGAAUGCUUAUGAAUACCGUGCACAUGUAAUUGACUUGACUACUUGAACCUGCAUCAAGUUAGCUUGAUUGCAUAAACCUGAAUAGUUCUUUAUGGAGCAGCUUUAGCUUCAAGUGAUUUGUUAUGUUCAUCCAAUUCAGGUGUUACAUCUUAAUCCCCAAAACAAAGUUUAUUAUUCUGACAAUAUAGCUUUUAAAUUGUCCAAAGAAUGAAAAAGAUUUUCAAAAAAAUAUGUUGAAGAGACUGAUCAGAGUGCUUUAUCAUUUAGCCUGUUUGUGUUGACACUGAUUAGAUCCAUGCACAUGUCCACGCUGUCUAAGGAUGAAUGGUUCAUUUGUUUUGUCUGAAAAUAAAUGCCCAUGCUUGCUUCAUCAAGGCAGUGUUUGUAUAUAGUACCUGCAACCACUUGAGAUACAUUGAAAUAUAAAAAGUACAUUAAACAUUGCUUAGCCUACAUGUGUACAUAUUUGCUGUGUUUUAGUUGUUUCAACACUUUGAAAAGCAAGGACUUGCAAGAACAUAUUAGACAACGUAGAUAGGAUGAUAAAUAUGUCAACACACAGUUUUUUAAAAAAACUUUAUGGCAUCACUGAUUCUGAGACAGCACUGCAUCACAGUAGUUCAUACACAUUGAUCUAACUAUGAGUAAAAUAUUGCAAAACGUAAACUGUAAGGUGGCUAAUACAUUUUUUGCUUUUCUCUUUUUCUUCUUUCCCUACUACUGCCCUUUACCCAGUAAGAAUAUUUUAGUUAUUGUCAGGUUUCAGCUAGCCAACUGUGUUUAUUGGACUAGCUCAGUACACUGUUUGAUUCCCAACUCUUGAAAGUUAUACAGGCAUCUUCUGUCCUGACAGUACAGUGCAGAUUAAUUCAGAAAAUGUCAGAGGUUCAAGAUCAAACUCAGGGUUGCAGUAGCUUCAAAAGGCCAGCUCGUGAGAAAGUCAACCCUUCCACCAAAUCCAAGAAACGCAAACGGUUGUCUGUGAGCCUACAAGACAAGUCCAGGCGAGUGAACAUUGGAAUGGCAUUUAAUAGAUGGCGUGCACUGAAAGCAACAAAAGGAUUGAAUUCUGACGCAGAAGUGGCGCUGUGUCUUCUUGAUGUAAUGAAGAGGUUGCCCUCCACGUCAGCUUCCACGGGAACCGAUGGUCGGAUAAAAAUUUCCCAAUCAGAAGUACAAGCUCUGGUCAAGCAGGAGGUUCGCAGUGCAGUGCGAAAGCAUGAAGCCAGACUGCAGAGUUUAAUAGAAACUUUUCAACAGCUAGAUAAUGGACUCAACUGUGAAAAGUCCAUUCAAAACCUGGAGGCUCGAAUUAACAGAGUGUCUAAGAAAGCAGAAGCAGCUAUUUCCUAUGUGACAAAGACACAAAUGAAGUGUCCACCACCUUGCAGUGUUAAUGACGACAUCAUCAGCAUAGACUCAGAGGAUGAAAGCACCGAAACCACGUCACAGAAUGAAAAAAGCAGGGAUUCUGCGGCCAGGACCGGAGAGGUCUUGAAAAUGAUGAAAACCACCAAAAAGGCUCUAAAGGAGGUGCAUGGAUUUUAUGAAGCUUUAACGACUGCCACAGAAGAUUUCAAAAAGAACAUUCCUCCAGUUUUUACUUCUCAUAACGGUCUUGAGUGUAAGGAAAGCAUGAAAAAUCAACUGAAGAAGAGUACACGUAAUGCAGAAUUAAAACAAGAGCAGCCUCCUCCAGUUUGUAGUCGAAGUCGUUCUCAUGAGUACAAGAAAACCAUAAAAAAGGAACCGGAGGAGUCUGCAGGGAGUGAAGAUUUGCAGAAGUAUCAUCCUCCAGUUCAUGCUCCAAACGAUUCUCCUGGGUGGAGUGGAUUUGUCAAGGUCAUAAAGGAGGAGCCAGAGGAUCCACAGACAAGGGAAAACAAUAAUGAGAAGUUUGAGGAGCCUGAAGCUAAAAAGAUGAAAGUCGAAUACGUACCCAGCCACACAGACGGAGACACAGUUCAGCGUGGACUCUCGUUUCCUCGUCUGCCUGACCCCACCUUCCCCUCAGUCCUGAGCAUGGAAGCGGCCUCGUACAGCAUCCCUCCGAAACUAGAAGUGCAACUGGCCCUCAUCAAGAACCCCAUCAGUCUCUCAGUGCUCUGGAAGCUGGCGGAGGAAGUCCCCUCUCCACCACCAAUGGAUAGUUACACGAUCUUUCUGACAAUGGAAAAAACUAAAGGUAGCGGCAUCUUUCCAGACUGGAAGGUCCUUGGCGAGGUGAAGGCCAUCGAGCUGCCCAUGUGUGUUCUGAUCAGAAAGCAUAAGCCCGGGCACAAGGUGUGCGCUGUCGUGGUGGGCAAAGAUGUUUUUGGUCGGUAUGGACCCUACAGUGCAGUUGCAACCGCUGCCAUCCCUGAAUAGCUGGACGGAGGAAAAGGCUUCAAGGGGGAGACAAUAGAAACAGCUGCUCGGAGUGGGAUUGACCGAUGAGGAUUUUUAAAAUCUGUACAAAGCAGUAUGUUUAGCAGUAUGUUUAAUGUGAUUUUUGCUGUUUUCUGAGUUGCUGUACUAUGUUUACACAGUACACAAUUGUUUUUAAACAAUAAAAUUAAUAAUUUUGCACACAUGGAAA